CUUUACAAAAAGAGGAACACUUUCACGUUUUGAGCUGAUUUUCCUCUUUGCGCUUGCUCGACGACGUCGUGUGGAAUAUUGGGACUUGCAUCAUCGGGACUUCUGCAUAUGAACUUUCUUUCGGUUAAGUGGCAGUACACAUAAAUAAACUUUUGUCCGUGCGCGAGUGAUACGUGACGCAUUUAAGUGACAGUCGCGUCUUUUUCGACACUUUUGGCUGGCACCAAUGGGACGGGCUACAUACAAGCAAUCAACAUGGCCUUCUAUGACAGAUUGAGGCUUGCCAGCAACAGCGGGUAUUCCAGCAGCGGAGCCGAAACACCUGUUCGCGAGGCGUCGGCAUCAUACCCGCCGCUCAGCAUGAUGCAGCAACACGAUAGCCCUGAGGCGCAUGAAAUGCAACUGCAAGUCCUGCAGCAGCAGUUGCAGCUUCAUCGUUCGCAGAGUCCCGUCCCUCAGGUGCAAGCAUUGAAGCGCCCCAGCCUGGAGGCUUUAACCCCUAUUCAAACAGCCAGCGGAGUGCGACCUAUGCCAACUGGAAUGUUACCGGUUCAAGUACUGCUUGUUGUAAGGGAUCCAAACAUGGCAGCAAUAUUUAAGCAGCAGCUGUCCCAGGCCCCAAUUCCUUCUAUGCUUCACAUUGCUGGAGAAACCGACAUGUGGGCAGUCGUCGAGCAGGUGAAGACGAUGUCGGGCCGGCCGCAGGGCCCGGAAUUCGCCUUCUUCCAGCUCGAGGUGCUGAUCAGCAAUCCGGGCAUGGUGGCGAAGCUGAAGCACGCAUGCAACGGGGCGUGUACGGCAGUGGUGCUGCAGGGCAGUGAGCCAGUCGCCCGGGCGCUGCAGGCAGAUGACUUUGUGCCGGGUCCCACGCCCUCACACCCCCUGCGAAAGGAGGACCUAGCGCUCACCAUCCUCACGUGGCGCACCCGCCGGCA